AUGAAGGAAUCAUAUGAUAUUGUGGUAGUGGGUGCCGGAUGGUUCGGUCUGGCAGCUGCAAAGGCGAUCCGACAAAUUUCCCCUGAAGCCAAGUUGGUAGUCCUUGAAUCGGCCGAAUCAUGUGGUGGCACUUGGUCCAAGAAUCGACUCUACCCCGGCUUGAAGUCAAACAACAUGAGAGGCACAUACGAGUUCCCCGACUUUCCCAUGGAGGAGAACAAGUAUGGUGUCAAGCCAAAUUCUCACAUCCCUGGCCCUGUCCUCCACCGCUACCUCACCGAUUUCUCAAAGCACUUCGACGUCUACAACCGAAUCCAGUUCAACACUGCUGUCGACCUAGUCGAGCGUCAAGGAAGCGGUGGCUGGCGUUUAUCCGUCAAGUCCCCCGAUGGAAGCCGAUCUAUCGACACUGCGAAGCUGGUCUUGGCCACUGGCCUGACAUCAACCCCGAACAUGCCUGCUUACAAGGAUGCUGACAAGUUUGGGGCGCCACUAUUCCACGCAAAGGACUUUUGCAAGAAUGCUCCCAGCUUGGACGUCAAGAAGGCAAUUGUAGUCGGUGGUGCAAAGUCUGCCUUUGAUGUCGCUUACGCCCUUGUUCAGGAUGGUGCUACAGUCGAUCUUAUUGUGCGACCUACCGGCAACGGACCUGUCUGGAUCGCACCCCCGUUUGUCACUCCCUUCAAGAAGAGGAUCGAUCAGCUUCUCAAUAUUCGAUGGAUGACCUGGUUCAGCCCUUGCCCAUGGGGAGACGCAGACGGCUACAAUGGAAUCCGAAAAUUCCUCCAUGAAACGGCUAUCGGCCGAUUCGUAGUGGAGCGCUUCUGGUCGGUCCUGAGCAGCGACAUCAUCACUGCUAACGAGUACGACUCACACCCCGAGCUCAAGAAGCUCAAGCCCUGGCACUCCGCCUACUGGAUCGGCAGUGGCCUCAGCAUCCUCAAUUACGACAGCCCUCUCUUCGAUCUUGUGAAGCAGGGCAAGAUCCGCGUGCACCUUGAUGACAUUGAGCGGCUGGAACCUCACCGAGCUAUCCUUGCCUCAGGAGAGCAAAUCGAUACGGACGCAAUAAUUUGUUCAACUGGUUGGAAGAAAGAGUCGACCCUCAAGUUCGCCAACCUUGGACAGGAGCAGCUCGGUCUGCCGUACUCGACUGAUGAAAAACGAGCUCUGGCUCAAGCCGCAGACACCAAGGUUCUCUCCCUUUACCCCGGAUUGAAAAAGCAACCCAAGAUCAGCGGCAAGCCCAAGGAGGCUAACCCUCUCCGAUACUACCGCUUCAUGGUCCCCUCUACCUAUGUAGGCUCCCAAGACCUCGCCUUCGCAGGUAUGAUCUCCACAGUUAGCACUGCUGUUUGUGCAACUAUCCAAGGUCACUGGAUUGCUGCUUUCAUGGCCGGCAAGCUAGACCAUACUAUCGGAACUGAAGAGGAGAUCAUCAACGAGAUUAUGCUACACACCCAAUGGGGCAAGUGGCGAUUCCCCUGUGGUUAUGGCGCUGACCUGCCCGACAUGGUCUUUGAGGGUCUGCCCUAUGUGAACAUGCUGAUGCACGACAUGGGCCUCAAGACGCACCGAAAGUCCAGCACAUUCCAGGAGCUUGUUUCACCGUAUCUUCCAGCUGACUUUAAGGGAUUGAUGGAUGAGUGGAAGGCGAAAGAUGGCGGUGUUAUUGAGGCUGUUGGUGUAGAGCCGGAACUUCAAGCUUCUGUUAAGAAGGUGUAA